CUUGGCAAGUGACUUUGGUCAGAUGACCGUCAACUUUGAUGUGCGUCGAUGCUGUGAUCCCAGUGACGUCGGAAAAUUGGCAGAACGGGACUCUCAAACUGUUAAGAUAGUCCAAGGCUUGUCUGGUCAAAGUAGCCUCGUUUGUUGCUCGAGGAUAGGUCCACUGGGGAUACACUAUUGUGAGGUGCGCCAAAUCAACGCUGCUUGUUGUGUACUCCUUCACCUCCAGCGAAAAGUCAAGCGCCGUGAGCACACGUUCUGCGACAGGCAAGCUGCACUGAGACGCUGCGAUGGUCGCAGGGCCGGUGAGCGCAAGAGCUGCUGGAGCAGACUCUGGCCGCGAGCGGGGAGCUCCUAAGACGGUAGCAGUUUGAUGCAUAGGCGUCCCAGACAGCGCCAACAACCUUCGCUGCAAGGCGAUCACUUCAUCCUUGCUCGCAACGACUUCUUCCUUACUCGCAACAACUUCUUCUAGGCGGGCCUUCAAAAUCUCGAUGACCUCGUCUUUGCUUGCAACGACAUUUUCUAGGUGUGCUUUCAGUUCAGCAAUCACCUGGUCCUUGCUUGCGAUGCUUUGUCGGACAUCUGCAAAGGAUGCGCGAGCAUCAGCAAGCUCACUUUGCAGCUGAGCUACUGUCGCCGCGACCGGCGAUGCAGACCUUGCUGCGGCACCCGCAGUCCUUCGCGUACGCUUUCGCGGACCCAUGCUACCGACAAUCAAGUUGGCGUUGCAGGUGUUGGGGAGCUCAUGAACAGAGGCUU